GAGCCAUGAAGCCCAGGAAACAACUAAUAAUCUCGCGCUGGAGGGGUCGAUGAGGUCAGUCCGACGGGCUCAAGCCAACGGGAACGCCGGGUUCGCCGGGUUUGCCAGUCGUGGCCACAGGGAAAUUGAAAAAGGGUUCGCUAGUAUUCUGCUCUCUCUAUUCCCCUCAGCUUUCCUCCCCCCUUCCGAGUUCUCGCAUUGCCGAUGUCUCGCCCUGUCCCAGGUUUCUGACUUAGUGCGUGGUUCUCUCCAGUCUCCAGAUGCCACUCCUCGCACUAAAAGUGGCCCAGUUGCCUGCAAGAUGGGGUUGCCGCGAGUCGGUAGCGAAUCCGCCCGCGUCUCUGCCAUGACGCAUGAAACCACAUGGUGGGGUUUAAGCCGUCGUUCACCGGUGAGAGGGAAUUGGUUAGCAGCGAAGGAAAUGGAAGGGCGAGGAUGGCUGUUGCACACAAUGCAAUGCCACAAUGCCAUUCUCGUGCUUGGCCUCUGCGUCAGGAGAGGGAGACUACACGCGGUGGGUGAACUGGUGAUGCUGGCCUUCCCCAAUCUCCGGAUGCGGUCGUCUGGGGCAUUGGGGAACCUGGAGAUGCUGACAUGAGCAUCUUACCAGCACGAUGCCAAAGUGAAUAUAUGCCAACUACGGCCGUCUGCUUUAGGACGGGCUAGUCUAGCUGUCAGAAGAUGAUGAUCAGGGGAGUCUCGACGUAACCUUAAGUAACCGUCCAGCCUAUGCAAGCAACCAUCCACUUCACGGCUUGCUUCCUGCAUGCUGCAGUAUCACUGCGAGAUUCCCUCUCAGGACAGCCACUUAAGAGCUUCGAUCAUGUCAGGUCUGUCAUUAUUGUUUGCAUGUAGAGAGUACUCCGUAGUUCACAUUGCUACGUCAC